CUCCACCAAAAUUGAACCACCGCGGUGAAGAUCCUCUUUUUUGUGAGGGAUUGCGUUUUUAUUUUUCUUUAAUUACUGUUAAAUUAAAGGAAAUAUAGUUUAAUAAUGACACUUGAUAAACAAGGAAUAGGUAGCUUUAAAACAUUGUGGCUUCGGUAUGAUGCACACAGCGUGAAUAAGCAUCAACUUUUUCUUAAGGAACAUUCAGUGCGGAAACAAGAUCCUGAAUUACCUAAAGGACAUACUCUGUUUUUACUGAAUGUUCCACCUUACGCUACUGCAGAUUCUCUUAAACAUGCAUUUACUGAAGCAUGUGGAGCUGUUAGAACAGUCACAUUUACCACUAGUCCUGGAAAACCGAAAACAGGAUUUAAGGCGGCUUAUAUUGUAUUUCAAAGAGAAUCUAGCUUGGACAAGGCCUUAGCUCUGCCAAAAACUCAUUGUUUGACUCUACAAACAGAAUCGCAUUCCGUUUGUCCAACUGGAUUAUCUAAAUGGUGUAAGGAAUAUAACAGUUCUAUAUUUGAUGAGAAAUUACUUAAAAAAGAGAUUGAGGAGUAUAUGAAUAAUUAUGACAAACAAGUUGCUGAGCGCCUUGAACGAGAAAAAGCACAAGAAGGAGAGCAAGAUGAGGAUGGUUGGGUGACAGUGUCAGGGAGGAAGAAACGUGGCCAGCAAGCUCUUUCCAGAAAAGAAUCUACUAUCAGUAAAGUGCAACAGAAACAGGAAGAACGAAUAAAAAAGAAGCAAUUGCUGAACUUUUAUACUUUCCAGAUUAGAGAAUCUAAAAAACAAAACUUGGCAGAGUUAAGAAAGAAAUUUGAGCUUGAUAAAAGCAAACUACAGCAGCUUAAACUAAGGCGUACGUUUAAGCCAUUUUAAUUUGACUAAGUGUUUAUCCUUUUCUGUAUGUAUAACGUGUAUAAAGUAUCAUAAAGGAGAUAUAACAUUAAGUCAACUAUGUAAAAUGAGCGUUAGGUUUAUUAACAGUAUUUGUACAAAUGAGGUAAUGUGAUAUCAACGAAUCCUUACUUUCUAAGAAGCCUUUGACGUAUACGUCUGUAAUGUCCAUUCUAUUAAAAAGUGCUGAUAAGACAAGGGUUGCAAAAGUGCCAAUAGUUCCUCUGUAAGCAGAAAGCAAGCAAUUUAUACACGUUGGCCCACUUGAUUUUUUAUUAAAAGAAAAAUAUAAAAA